AUGUUGGUUGAUUUAAAAACAAAUGCUUUACGUCGGAAGGUAAACGUCGACAAACUGCAAACGCAACAGUCUGACUAUUGCUUGAAGAGAGCACUCAUUGUCCCGCUACAUUGUGAAAGAAACGUCUAUUCCACAGGAAGAAGAGAGAAGAAGAAAAACGUAUGGAAACCUCACGAGAUUGUACAUGGUCCUUCGAACCGGUCGGGUGGCCAUUCUAUAGAAGAAGCCAAACAUAACUUAGCGGAGCUUGUGGAUCUAUUGUCCUCCGCAGGAUUUCCUUUGAAAAAGAUAACUGCCAAUCAUUUUGACAUUUUACAAACCGUUUCACGAGAAGAUUUGUUAGAUGAAGAUUUUUUGAAAUUUGAAGAUUCCAGUGAAACAAAAACACUUGGAAUCCGAUGGAAUGCAAUGAUGGAUGCAUUUUACUACAAUGUCUACGACAUUAAAAUUCCUACCGAACACAUUACGAAGCGAUCAAUUCUUUCAAUCGUAGCCAAGCUGUUUGACCCUGCAGGUUGGUUAGCACCGAUAAUAAUAACAGCAAAAAUGCUUUUACAGCAACUUUGGAUCGACGGUACAGACUGGGACGAGAAGGUGAAACCACAAUCGCUAGAAAAAUGGUAUACAUUUAUAGGCAACUUUUCAGCUAUUCCAGAUAUCAGGAUACCUCGUUGGGUUGGAUAUACGCCAAGGAAGGCUAUUCAAAUACACGGAUUCUGCGAUGCAUCAGAAAAGGCGUAUUGCGCGUGUCUAUAUAUUCGAGUUUUGAUAUCUAAGAACGAAAUGUCCUCUCACCUACUGGUUUCAAAGAGCAAGGUUGCCCCAUUAAAGACAAUAAGUUUGCCGAGAUUGGAGCUUUGUGGAGCCGUUUUAUUGGCUCGUCUCUUAAAAUCGACAUGUGAGCAUUUGAGUUUUGAACCGCAAAAUAUCUUCUUAUGGUGUGAUUCUACGAUCACAUUAGCCUGGUUAAGUAAACCUGCUUAUCAAUGGAAAACCUAUGUCGCAAAUAGGGUGUCUAGAAUUAUAGAUCACGUCGGUAACGCGAGUUGGCUCCAUGUGAGUAGUGGUGACAAUCCUGCUGAUUUGGGAACUCGAGGUUGCACUGCACUAGAGCUUAAGGAGAAUAAGCUUUGGUGGCAGGGUCCUGAAUGGCUUAUAAAGGAUAUGUCCACUUGGCCACAACAACCAGUAGUACCACAACACAGUUUAGAGAAGAAAACGAAUAUAUUUCAAACCCUCACAAAGCAGGAGGAUAUUUUGGAAAGAUUCUCUUCAUACAGUCGAGCCCUACGGGUUUUAGCUCACAUGUUUCGAUUUAUCCGGAGGUGUCGAAAACAAGUAUAUUUCACAAGCUCGAGUGAACUGAUCACGUCAGAAGAAAUUAGUUUCGUUAAAUACCGUGCUGUUAUGAUUGCACAACGUGCAUAUUUUCCAGCGGAAUAUAAUUGUUUGACAUCAGAUUUACCGAUUAAUACAAAGAGCAGAUUGUUGACGUUAAAUCCAUUCUUGGACAAAGGUGGACUUUUACGAGUCAACGGAAGAUUAUCAAAUGCAGAUCUAAGUUUCAAUGAGAGGCACCCUAUCAUACUUCCUGAGAAAUCUAGGUUUUGUAAAUUGCUGGUUGACUUUACGCAUAAGAUACUAAUGCAUGCCGAGCAUCAAAGUAUGCUGCGAUCUAUACGUCAAGAAUUCUAUGUUAUCCGUCUAAAGAACGCAGUAAGACAUUGUAUAAGAACAUGUAAAAUAUGCACGAUAUAUAAGCAUAGGGUUCAUAGCCAAAUUAUGGCGGCUCUACCUCCGGAAAGAUGUGUAUUUUCACCUCCCUUUACGAAUACGGGCGUAGAUUUCGCAGGACCGUUUGAGAUCAAGACGUCCAAAUUGCGAAAUGCUAAAUUGGUGAAAGGAUAUGCAGUGAUUUUUGUUUGCUUGGCCACGCGAGCCAUACACUUGGAGACGUGUUCUGCCCUCUCUUCUGAGGCAUUUUUAGCCGCGUUUGACCGCUUUGUUGGUAGAAGGGGUUAUCCAGCAAAAGUUUUUUCUGACAAUGGCACAAAUUUCGUUGGUACAAAUCGUAUACUUAGGAAUGAAUACAAAAGUUUCUUGAAAACUGCGGAGAAAGACUUAGUAGAUAAGUACAAUAUUCACGGGUUUUCCUGGCAUUUUAUUCCCCCCCAGGCACCCCAUAUGGGUGGAUUGUGGGAAGCGGGGGUGAAAAGCGUAAAAACACAUUUGAAGAAAGUGGCGGGAAAUUUAAAGUUUACUUUUGAGGAGUUUUCUACUCUGUUGAUACGAAUUGAAGGCAUUCUGAACUCACGACCCAUUUCUUCUAUGAGUGAAACCCCUUCCGAAUUGUUGGCAUUGACACCAGGGCACUUCUUGAAAGGAUCCCCUUUAGUUGCAAUUCCGGAGGAACAUACCGACAACAUUUCCUUAAUUAAUCGAUGGCAACGCCUUAAAGUUUUACAACUUCACUUUGCCAAACGUUGGAAGAAUGAGUAUAUUUCGGAGUUACAGAAGAGAUAUAAAUGGAAGACUGCGCAAUCGAAUUUAAAUGAGCACGACCUGGUUGUUAUUAGGGACGAUGAUUUACCGCCGACAGAAUGGAGACUAGGGCGUGUGGUCAGAGUAUAUAUUGGGAAGGAUUUAAAGGUUCGGGUGGCGGACGUACGCACCCAAAACGGAAUUGUGACUCGUCCACUAGUUAAACUCUGCAUUUUGCCAAAAAAUCAAUAA